UCAGUGCCGCGAGCGCCAUGUCGCCGAGCGACGCAAGCGCACCAUGUCCAGCAUCCGCGCAGCCACGGUCGAGUAAUGCGAGCGCGGGCGCGGACCCGCCCGGCGAGUCGGAGCUGGAGCGCGCGCUGGAUUCGCUGGGCGCGUUCGGGCUUUACCAGCGCUACACUGUCACGCUGUGGUCGCUGUCCGGCGUGCUGGCAGCUAUGUACUCGCUCAACUACGUGUUCGUGGCGGACGCCGUGCCCUUCCGCUGCCUGGUCCCAGAAUGCGAGACCGACGGUCUGUCGGAGCUGGCACCGGAGCUGCUCCCUCUAGACUCCUGCGUUCGCUUCCGCCCCCUCAACGAGACCGUCUCCUCCUGUCUCCGUGAGGACUACCAUGAGACGGACACCGUCGCCUGCUCCGCCUUCCUUUAUGAUAACCAGGACACGACCUUCGCUGAGUUCGACCUGGCGUGCCGCGAGUGGAUGCGCACGCUGGUGGGCUCGGUGCGCAACUCCGCGCUGCCCGUCGCGCUGCUGCUGACCGGCUACCUGUCCGACUCAUACGGGCGUCGCACGGCGUUCUGCCUGUUCGGCGCCUGCGCCGGUGUCCUCGGUCUGGUGAAGGCCUUCUCCUACAACUACGUCAUGUAUGUCGUCAUGGAGUGGUUCGAGGCGGCGUUGGGCUACGGGUUCAACUCUGCCGCCUACGUCAUGGUGGUGGAGUUGGCUCGUCCGUCGCUUCGCACGGCGUUCGCAGCGGCGACGGGCGUGGCGUACGGCGUGGGCGGCGUGCUGCUGGCGCUGGCGUCGCGGCGCGUAGCGUACUGGCGCCAUCUGCUGCUCGCCAUCCACGCGCCGGCGCUGUUACUGCCGCUCUACUGGCUGUUGGGGGACGAGAGCGCGAGGUGGCUGCAUGCGAGGGGGCACCGUGAUAGAGCGGAGGCCGUUAUACGGAAGGCAGCCAGGUGGAACAAGGUGACUCUGGAUGAGAGCCUUAUGAGCGAGGUGGCCAAAGAGAACAUCACAGAAGUGAAGAAGUCAGCAGGAAACCCGUGGCUGGCGCUGCUGCGGUCCCGCGUGCUGCUCGCUCGCUUCGGUGUCUGUUGCUGGUGCUGGAUCGCUACUGCCUUCGUGUACUACGGUCUUACCAUCAACUCCGUGAACCUAGCAGGGGAUAAGCACGUGAACUUCGCGUUGAACAUGGCGAUGGAGAUCGUGGCGUCACUGUUUCUGGUGAUGGUGCUGGAGCGAUUCGGCCGCAAGUGGAGCAUCUUCGUGGCUUUCCUCGUGUGCGGUGUCGUCUGUGUCACGCCUUUUUUCGUCUCUCACGCGGGCACCGGCUUGGGGCUGUUCAUGGUGGGCAAGCUGACGAUUACGUUCGCGUUCAACGCGCUGUACGUGUUCACGGCGGAGCUGUUUCCCACAGCCACACGCUCUUCGGCGUUGGCUGCGUGUUCCCUGGUCGGCCGGCUAGGCUCCGUGCUGGCGCCACAGACGCCGCUACUGAGCAAGUACAUCCAAGCGCUCCUCUACGGCGUGUGCUCGUUGCUGGCGGCGCUGGCGUUGCUGGCGACGCCGGAGACGCGGCGCGCGCGCCUGCCGGCCGCCGUGGCCGCCGCCGAGCGCCUGCGCGCGCCGCCGCCGCCCGCGCCGCCGCCGCCGCCGCCGCCGCAGCCCCGAGUGCUCACCGCCGACACGUGA